UGAAAAACUUGCCGGGCUGUAAGGACAUUGAACAAAGUGAGGUUGAAAAAGAGGCGCUUCUUUUCCUGCGUGCUAGAAAGCGCGACGUUUCACGUGCUGUUGAGCUGUACAAAGCUAACAAGGAGAUACAGGAGUUCAUAUCACAGGUGAAAAACUUGCCGGGCUGUAAGGACAUUGAACAAAGUGAGGUUGAAAAAGAGGCGCUUCUUUUCCUGCGUGCUAGAAAGCGCGACGUUUCACGUGCUGUUGAGCUGUACAAAGCUAACAAGCGUAUGCGGUACACCGAAAAUGUGACUUCCAUCGACCCACUGGAAGAGGGAGUCAGAAAAGAACUGCUUUCAGGAAAAUUCACCGUCUUGCCAGGUACCGGGACAGACGAUCUGUCCGCUACCAUUGCCAUCUUCACAGCUCACCGCCACUGGCCGCCGUUGACCACGCAUCGAGACACGCUUAAAGGUGUUCUUUACCAGCUGGAUGUUGCAAUGAUGGAUGAGCAAUCGCAACGAAAAGGUCUCAUCGUCCUGUACGACAUGCGUGACACCAAGUACUCCAAUUUCGAUUAUUACCUGUGCAUCAAGCUACUCAAUUUAUUCAAGGGUUCCUACCCGGCCCGGUUGCGCAAGGUCAUCAUUAUCGAAGCUCCAUUCUGGUUCCGCGCACCUUUUGGCGUUCUGCGCUUGUUUGUAAAGGAGAAGAUGCGGGACCGAAUUUUUACGGUCGACCUUGACGAACUUCAUGUGCAUUUAUCCCCAUCAUUGAUCGAAUCCUGGUUUCAACAGCUGACCGAGCAUCGGCAUUUUGACUGGCUAAGAGAAUGUCUCACCAAGACCGGACAUGUGUCUCAAAUACCCAACGACUAUUUCACUAUCCCACCGCCAAUUUAUCGUAGCCUCAGUUCCUCAGGCUCCGAUCUCUUGCAAUCUGACGGCUUCUCUCGGUCCAGUCUUGGCAAUUCCCGCUACAGUUCACUCCGCUACUCUCGUCCCAUCUAUAGCCUCCGUCAGACUUCCGAACCACAGUCCGUUUUUGUGGAUCCUUAUGGAAGUCUGUCACACAACAACCCAGAUCCUGUUGUUGCCAACGGGCCUCUCUCUCGGCGUGAACAUGGCAGCCUCAAUAGAAUGCUUACAUCCAUGUACAGCAGCACUGUUCAAAGCCCCACCCGUUCCUACCAUAGUUCCCUGAACAACGACGUGAUCCUCUCACCGUUCGAGCUUCGUCAGCGCUCCCUUAGGGUUCCCAAGUCACGCAUCCGCAAUAACAACUGUCUGCACACUACCAAUUCCCUCACACUGUCCUCCAGUCCACCCCCGUGCAACCUUUUCGAUGAAUCCAAUAAAACUGACCCGCAGUCUCAAACCAGACUCUCAGUUCCGGAGUUUAUCGAACGGGUACAAACUGCCGGUCAGUUGGGUCUGUGUGCUGAAUUCGAUGCAAUGUUCAAAGACAGGCCUAUCGAUGGAUCAUGCGAUCGUUUCCUGCUAACGGAAAACCGGCGACGUAAUCGCUACCUAGAUGUCCCCUGCUUGGAUGCCACCGCGGUUGAGCUUUCGGACGGAACUUAUCUGCACGCGAACUGGGUAAAUGGGUAUCGGAUUCCACGAGCGUAUAUCCUUGCCCAAGGUCCUCUGGACACUACACGGCGCGAGUUUUGGAUGGCCGUGUGGGAGCAUCGAGUCCCCGUGAUUGUUAUGCUUACCAAAGUUGUGGAAAAUCACCGCGUCAAAUGUGCUCCCUACUGGCCCACCCGUACGUCCGUAGUGUCCACAAGCUCUUCCUCCAACCACACCUACUCUUCGCAUCGACAUUCACUAUUGAAUCACACAUCUGCCUGCUCACCUGACGCUUCUCAAGAUCGUCUUCCACCUACUUCGUGCUAUGGUGAUGUGCAGCUAGUCAACUUGUCCAAAUCCAUGGAACCGAAUGGCCUGUCUCAUCAUACCCGACUGGAAUUGCGACGAAAGCCAUCUAGUCAAACAAACGAUCGACGAGGGGCCAAACAAAGUGACUCUGUCCCUAAGGUAGGUGCAUCUUCCACAAACGAGUCAGACAAACCCUUCGAGGUGGACCACUUUCUCUACCUCGGAUGGCCUGAUUUCGAUGUUCCCACCGACUCAACUGGUUUUCUAAACUUCAUGGACCAAGUCAAAAAGUUACACGAAAAACGAUGCCAGCAGGAGUUGGGCCCAACCGAAUCGUCUUUGCAACCUGGGUCCAAAACGCACCAUCCAUUGUUGGUUCACUGUAGCGCUGGAAUCGGGAGAACAGGAACAUUUGUGACUGUGGACAUCUGUCUACAACAGGCUCUUAAUGAGGGAUAUAUCGACGUUCCUCAAGUGGUCAGUCGCCUCAGAUGCCAGCGCGCGGGAGCUGUUCAAGUUGCAAAACAAUAUGCAUUCAUUCAUUCUGCUUUGGUUUCUUCGCUAUCCAAGCUGUGCAACGGCACUAGUCCCUCCACCGUUACCAUGACUGCAAUGGCAAAUAACAUGACUUCCUGA